AUGGCGAUUAAAGUUUUCUAUCACGAGCAUGCGUUAUGGCUGGAUCAGAAAAAGAGUGAUGAUAAUGCUGAGUGCGACGCAUGCUCAAGUAUCUGCAUUGGCCUUACGUACAGUUGCCGUGAAUGCAGUUUGUUCCAUCUGCACGAAUCGUGUUCGAAGCUACCGAAAGAGUUGCACACCCUAUUUCACCCACACCCUCUUAGACUUACCCUACAGGUGGGCUACAAACAGCGAUGUUUUGCUUGUGCCGUUCUUCCCUCGCGCUGCUUCUUCCGUUGCAACGAGUGCAACUUCAUUUUGGAUGCUAAAUGUGCUUUUAUAAAGCCAGCAACAGAACAAAUGGAGGAGCAAUUUAGGACUCAUUUUGGCCACGAGCAUCCAUUGCUGCUUCUCGAGAACAUACCUAACGAUCGAGUUGUAUGCCUCCUAUGUAGAGAAUACUGCUCGGAUCUGACCUACGGUUGCCUCCCAUGUCGUUUCUUUCUCCAUCGGUCGUGUUUUGAACGGACCUUGCCAAUGGAGAUACGACAUUUCUCUCAUCCCUGUCCUCUAACCCUCUACACGUACGCACAUAGGAUGAUAAGGGAGGCUUGGAAUACUCCCUGCAGAGCUUGUAGAAAAUCCUUGCCUCGAGGGAGCUUUCUGUAUGGAUGUAGCAAGUGCAAAUACGUGAUGGAUAUUGAUUGCACUUGGUUUCCCACUACCGAAUAUGCAAGUAAUCGACAACAUGAGAUUUGUCAUUUCAUUCGCGGACAUCCACUGUCACUCUCUAGCAUCGAAAAAGGCCGCCAAGUUAAUUGUUGCAUAUGUGGGAAACACUGCAAUGGUACUAUGGCUGUAGCAGAACUAGCAGCUGUGAGGAUAUUUACUUCCACGAAUCAUGCCUUGAUGAGUUGCCGCAGGAGAUCAUCAACCAUCCCCGUCACCCUCGCCACCCUCUCUACCUGA